UUAAUUGUUCAUUCUUUGUUGUCACAGCCAAAGGGGAAGAAGGCUAAGGGGAAGAAGGUGGCACCUGCCCCUUCUGUAGCAAAGAAGCAUGAGGCCAAGAAAGUGGUGAACCCCUUGUUUGAAAAGAGACCCAAGAAUUUUGGCAUUGGUCAGGACAUUCAGCCCAAGCGUGACCUUACACGCUUUGUGAAAUGGCCUCGUUACAUUAGGCUGCAGCGCCAACGCGCCAUCCUGUACAAGCGUCUCAAAGUGCCCCCUUCAAUCAACCAGUUCACCCAGGCCCUGGACCGCCAAACUGCAACACAGCUCUUCAAAUUGGCCCACAAGUACAGGCCUGAGACAAAGCAAGAGAAGAAGCGGAGACUGCUGGCCCGGGCAGAGCAGAAGGCAGCUGGGAAAGGAGAUGCUCCAACCAAGCGACCUCCUGUUCUCCGUGCAGGUGUGAACACUGUUACUACUCUGGUGGAGAGCAAGAAGGCCCAGCUGGUUGUCAUUGCCCAUGAUGUGGAUCCCAUUGAGUUGGUGGUAUUCCUGCCUGCUUUGUGCCGUAAGAUGGGUGUCCCUUACUGUAUAGUCAAGGGCAAGGCAAGACUUGGACGUCUGGUUCACAGAAAGACCUGCACCUCUGUGGCUUUUACACAGAUUAACCCUGAGGACAAAGGAGCACUGGCAAAAUUGGUUGAAGCCAUCAAAACCAACUACAAUGAUAGAUAUGAGGAGAUCCGUCGUCACUGGGGUGGUGGCAUAAUGGGCCCCAAGUCAACAGCUCGCAUUGCCAAGCUGGAGAAAGCUAAAGCAAAGGAACUGGCCACAAAACUUGGCUGAAUGUUCAAUGCUCAUGACUUUCCAGUAUGAAUAUACAAAUAAAAAAAUUAAAACCUCA